AUGUUUUCCACGAUUGCCGAUCUUACACGCCUUGGUCAAUCUAUCCUCAAGUCUUCAGUCCUUGACCCUGCCACCACUCGCUCCUGGCUCAAGCCUAUUACCCAUACUGCGGAUGUCUACAUGUCCGUUGGCAUGCCUUGGGAGAUCCGCCGCAUGACACUUCCCCUCGGCCGUGGUAGACGGGUCGUGGAUCUGUACACCAAGAACGGCGCCUUGGGGCUUUACACUGCCAUGAUUGUCCUUUCUCCAGACCACGAAAUCGGUUACGUAGCGCUCAUUGCCGGGCCUGAGCGUAAUGGUUUGCUCGCCUAUCUUCCCGAACUCCUCGCCGAGACACUGCUGCCAGCAGCUGAGGACGCCGCCCGUGAGACAGCCGCUUCGAGAUUUACAGGGACUUUCAAGGGUCCUGAGAGUCAUAUGACGGUCACAAUGGACGAUACACUUGUGGUAAGCAAUUGGACCCGAGGUGAUGUCGAUGUAAUUGCAGUGCAAACCGCGAUGCUGUAUCCAGGCCUCGAGGUAUCAGUUGUGCUUCGGCUGUACCCGGUGGGACUGGAAAGGAGCGGAAGAAUGUCCUUCAGGGCCAUCUUUGAGGUUGACGCGGUGGGUGAGUCGGUAAAUGCGACAGAGGCAAGUGCGGGCCCUUUUACUGGUAGCUGUCUGUCAUGGGGAGGCGUAGAUACGCUGACCUAUGGAAACAUUGGGUUUGAUGCUUUCGAGUUUGAAGUUGAUCAGAGUGGCAAGGCAACAGCAUUAAGUGCAGAAGUUAUGAGGGAAACUCUCAAGAAGAUUGAUUGA